UGGCCGCUGGGGGGACGCACCGCGCCGCGGCGCCGGCGAUGUGAGGGGAAGGCAGCGGCCCCUUCCCCGCCAGCCCCGAGCCAUGGCGGGCCCCGGAACCCCUGGAGGAUAUGAUGUGCUGAUUGUGUAUGCAAGUGACGCCACUGAAUGGUGUCAGUACCUCCAGAACCUCUUCCUCUUUACUCGGCACAUACGAAAGCAUCGGAUUCUGAGCUACCAGCUGGAAGGCAAGUCUGCCAUCUCCCACCAGGAGCUGGACCUGUUCAACAGAAGUCGAAGCAUCAUCCUUUUGCUAUCUGCUGAGCUAGUGCAGAGUUUUUAUCUCCCUCCUGUCCUGCAGAGCCUUCAGGAAGCUUUAUGGCCUCCCUACAAAGUAGUCAAGCUGUUCUGUGGUGUUGCAGACUGUGAUGACUAUUUGACUUUUUUCAAGGACUGGUCUCAGUGGCAGGAGCUCACAAAUGAUGAUGAACCUGAUGCUUACCUUGCAGCUGUCAAGAAGGCAAUUUCAGAAGACUCAGGCUGUGACUCUGUGACUGAUACAGAAACAGAAGACGAGAAGAACCCAGUUUACUCCCACAGACUUGUCAUGGGUGAAGACCAUGGAUCCUCCAAGAGCUCUGGGGACCAUCCAGUGGUGCAGCCUGACCGCAUACGGUGUGGGGUGCAGACAAGAGUUUAUAUUAUCAUGAAAUGUAAACUAGAUGGCGAAGUGAAAACUGAAGUUGCAUUCUCUCCAGAGAACUCAUCCUCUGUGCGUGUGCUGGCUAAGGUGGAGAAUGAGUACACAAUCUCUGUGGAGGCUCCAAAUUUAACCUCUGGGACAGUGCCUGUGCAGAUAUAUUCAGGGGAUUUGAUAGUGGGAGAGACAAGCAUCACCUAUCAUACUGACAUGGAGGAAAUCAGCAGUCUGUUGGCUAAUGCAGCAAACCCAGUACAGUUCAUGUGCCAGGCCUUUAAAAUUGUGCCAUACAGCAUAGAAGCACUGGACAAACUGUUGACUGAGUCACUCAAGAAGAACAUUCCUGCCAGUGGCUUACAUCUGUUUGGAAUCAACCAGCUGGAAGAAGAAGAUAUGACAACAAAUCAGAGGGAUGAGGAGUUGCCAACACUGCUUCACUUUUCUGCAAGAUAUGGGCUGAAGAACCUCACUGCCUUGCUGCUCACAUGCCCUGGAGCUCUGCAGGCCUACAGUGUAGCCAACAAAUAUGGCCACUAUCCAAACACCAUAGCAGAAAAGCAUGGUUUUAAGGACCUCCGCCAAUUCAUUGAUGAAUACGUGGAAACUGCAGAUAUGCUGAAGAGUCACAUUAAGGAAGAGCUGAUGCAAGGCGAGGAGGAUGAAGCUGUUUAUGAAUCCAUGGCUCAUCUGUCCACUGAUCUGUUAAUGAAAUGCUCCUUGAAUCCUGGCUCCGAUGAGGAACUUUAUGAAUCCAUGGCUGGAUUUGUCCCUGGUGCCCCAGAAGAUCUCUAUGUAGAGAUGCUUCAGUCCAAACCAGACACUCCAGGUGCUGGAGAUGAAGUUUCUCUAACUACAAAAGACUCAAUGCUCCGCAAGUUUUUAGAAGGUGGUAGCACAGAUGUGCCAUAUUCAGAGGAAGGAGAUUACCAGACUUAUGGUGAAGACGUGUACUACUCAGUGGAAAAAGACACUUUUCCACAGGAAAUGGCUAGCAGACCCCCAGUUCCUGUUCCAAGACCAGAAUCCAGCUCUCCACAGCCAGACAAUGAACUAUACAUCUCCAAAAUUUUUGCACAGAAAGCUCAAAGACCUGAGAACCUUUAUGUCCCCAGAGGAAGGGUUAAGAAAGAGACAAUAGUCAGACCUGUAAGGGACCUGUCUCAAUCAAGCAUAUAUGAUCCAUUUGCUGGAAUGAAAACCCCAGGUCAACGACAGCUGAUUACAUUACAGGAGCAAGUGAAAAUAGGAAUACUCACUGUUGAUGAAGCUGUACUUCAUUUUAAGGAGUGGCAACUGAACCAGAAAAAGAGAUCAGAAUCAUUUCGGUUCCAGCAGGAAAAUCUGAAACGGCUGCGUGACAGCAUAACCAGGAGGCAAAUGGAGAAGCAGAAAAAAGACAGAAGUGCAGAUUUGGAAAUUACAGUACCCAUUCGACAUUCUCAUAAUACUUUGGGGAAACCAGAAUGUGGAAUAUAUGAAUACACCCCCAGGAAGAAUGUUUUCCCACCAAAAAGGGAGUUAAAGCGAGGAGACUGGAAAACAGAAAGUACAUCCAGCACAACAAGUAGUGCCAGCAACCGCUCCAGCACUCGGAGCAUACUGAGUGUCAGCAGUGGCAUGGAAGGGGACAGUGAGGACAACGAAAUCACAGAAGCAACUAGAAGCCGCAGUCCAGUUGCCCACCAAGCAGAGAGGCUGCCUUUCCCAGAAAGGCCUCCCAGAGUGCCUCCUCGAGGAGCAAGCAGGCCUUUAAGCAGUGAGGGCUUUUAUCCUCCACCUGUGCCCCCAAGAGGUCGCUGAAUUUCUCAACAUGUGUGGGAUAGGAGAGUUUUUCUGUUUGUAUGUGUUUGUACAGACAUUUUUGGGUUGUCUUAAAUUAUUUAUAAGGGGGAGAAAAAUGUUUUCUUCCCUUUUCUCGUCCCUAAAGCUCUGGUGACUUCCCAUGAUUUUCACUGAGACUUCUUAGUGCUCUAUAACUUUUCUGCUUGGAAGAAUUUUGGUGCUUUGGGACUUCAAGAAAAAAGUAUCAUGGUUGGGAAGGAGAACACUGAUGUGUGUCCUGGCUGCCCUGCACCAACGUGAAGUUUCCCUUUGGCUAAGAACAAACACGCGUCCUUUUAGAAACUAAAUCCUGAUAAGCAUUGUUACCACAACCCUUGACACAACCUACAAGGGCUUGACUGGAAAACAUGCUUGAAAAAGCACAGAAAAUAAGUUGUUUGAAGACUUGGAAGGACAGUCAUUAUAUCAGGAGCAGGUGAAUGUACUGCUGUUUCGUGUAACAUUUUGGAUAUGGACCUACUGACCUUUCAGAAGGUGUGCAAUCUCCCUCUAGCAAUCAUUAAACCAUGGGAGGACGAGAAGUUGUCUUUACUCAAGAACUUAUUUUGCAUACAGCCUUGAAAACUCCUUUCCCUUUCCUCUUCCUGUCAGAAAAGGAGACAUUAACAAGGUGUUGUGUGUGCUGCAAUUACCAUGAAUGUUCCAAGGCAGCUCGUAAGGGACCUGCUGUAUCUCAAAACAACUGGACUUAAACCUUUUUUGGGGGAGUUUUUUUGGGUAUAUUGUUACUUGAAAAAUCACAUGACUGACCUCUCAAAUUAGAGGAAGGAAUUGGCAGCAAUGCUGUGUUCUGUAUCUCUUACAUGGGUUUGUUGUGAAGAUGGUUGAGUCACCAUCCCUGCAGGUAUUAAAAAAGCAUGUAGAUGUGGCACUUCAGAACAUGCUCUAGUGGGCAUGGUGUGUGUUUUCUUUUUUCUGGGUUGACAGUUGGACUUGGUGAUCAUAGAGGUCUUUUCCAAUUGUGACAAUGCUGUGAUUCAGUCUUUCACUCCAUGCUCUGCAGUAGUAUAGCAAGCCUCCCAUUACAAAUGCACACACCUCACACACCACUUGAGUUCUUGGCCUGCUGCUGUAGCAACAAGCAGUCUGGGGACUGGACUCUGCUUGCUCUAUUCUUCUGUUCUGUCAAUGUGAACCUGCAACAGCUGUGUCCAGCCUUUUUUCUGCCUGAGGGCUUGCAAACUUCUUGGUUUGCUCUCUGUUUUCCAAAUAUAGAAAGCAUGUAAAGCAAAAAUUAAUUUUGAUUCCUCAUCUCAAGGAUCUCAAACUAUGGAAGUGAGGCGUUUUUUUUUGUUUUGUUUUUUUUCUCCUUCCAGGUCUUGAAAUCUUGUGUGUAUCCUGGCCCUUGGGGAAUGAGUACAGGGCUCUGGUUGUUCAUGAGGGAUGCAGAUGGGAAUUCUGCAAGAUUAAAACAUUAGAGUUCAAGGACUGAACAGAUAAUAAAAUUGCUGGUAAAAAGUAAAUGACCUGGCCACUCGUAGGGGUGCCAACCAAUCCCCCAGCUCAGGUGGCAGCUGGCUUGCCUGGGGAAAGUGUUUGUUCUUUGUUAUGGUGUGCCUCACAGAACCUGCCACAACAGAUGGCUUUGGUGGGCCCUGUUGUUGACUGGGAGACUUGAGCACUGAAUAAACUGAAGAUGUU